AUGGUAUUCUUUGACGACAUCCUGGUCUACAGUAGGACAGAAGAGGAGCUCUGGGAGCAUUUGAAGAGGGUGUUAGAGGUACUGCAGGAGCACCAACUGAGGGAUAAUUUGAAGAAAUGCUGCUUUGCACAAGCCAGUGUAGAGUACUUGGGCCAUGUGGUGUCAAAAGAGGGAGUUGCAGCAUAUCAGUUCAAAAUUGAAGCAAUGAUAAGGUGGCCAACGCCAAAAAAAUUGAAGGUAUUAAGGGGAUUCCUAGGACUGACAGGUUACUACAGGAGGUUCGUGAAGGGGUACAGCUCCAUAGCAUGGUCACUCACUGAACAGUUGAAGAAGGACAGGUUCCUAUGGGGGGAGGCGACCACAUCAGCAUUUGAGAGCUUGAAGAAGGCGAUGACUACAGUGUCAAUCCUAGCCUUGCUAGAUUUCACUCAGACCUUCAUUGUGGAGACAGACGCUUUCAGAUACAGGCUGGGUGCAGUACUGAUGCAGAGUCAUAGACCCAUUGCUUAUUUCAGCCAGGUGUUGACUGCUAAAGCCCGACUGAAUCAAUUUACGAGAGAGAAUUAA